CACCCACACCCACACCCACACCCACACACACCCACACCCACACCCACCCACACCCUCAUCGGUAUAUAAAUGAAUUGUUGUUUUUUUUAUUUUAUAAAAAAUUGAAUAUUAUUAUUUAUGUAUAGAUAUGGUGUUGAAUGUUUAUUUCGAUUUUAUACAUAUGGUUUAGAAAAACAUUUUCGUCAACAUGUAUUUGAAGAUUUUCAACAAGAAACUCUUCGUGAUCAUGAAGCUGGUCAGUUGUAUGGUUUAGAAAAAUUCUGGGCAUUUUUAAAAUAUUCACGACAACAACCAAAAAUAAAUCCAAAACUUGAAGAAAUUUUAAAAAAUUAUAAAAAUCUUGAAGAUUUUCGUGUUGAAGGUGCAUCAUUUCCACAACAAUUUUUUCCAACAAAAUCAGGAAUAAUAACUGUUCCAGCACCCGAAGCAAUUGCUGCUGUAGCAGCAAAGAACAGUGAUAUAUCAAAUUCAUUAAAACCCAAUGAAGAAUUUAUUAUUUUAGGAAGAAUUGGUAUUGGUUUACCUAUUGCUGGUGGUGUGAUUAAUUCUAUGCUUUAUAAUGGUGUUAAACCAGAUGUUAUUGGAGAAGGAACUCAUUUUAUGAUUUUAUGGCUUCAUAGACCAAUUAUAUUUGAUAUUCGUACACGACCACGAUCUGUUCCAUCAAUAACAGGAACAAAAGGUAUUAAAUCUAGAGGAAAACAGUCAACUUCAGAAGAUAGUUUUAAAAUCUGUGGUACUAAGUCUCAAUUUGAUGCUAUUGAAUUGAUUACACAACGUACACUUAUUUCUCAACGUAUUAGUGAAUUAUUAACAGAACGUGCUGCUCAAUUUGGUUUAUUACUUGAUGACAUUUCAAUUACACAUUUAAGUUUGAGACCUGAAUUUACAAGUGCUGUUGAAUUAAAACAAGUUGCACGACAAGAUGUUGAAAAACAACGAUUUUUAGUCGAAAAAUUAGCUGAUUUGAUUGCCAAAGCUUUAGAUGAAGCUGGUGAUGGUUUGAUCAAACUUCAACGAAUUGAAGCUGCUAAAGAAAUUUUUAUCUAUCGAUGUGAAAAAAUUGGUGUAAGAGAUCAGUGUUUAGAACUUGUACCAGCUGAAAAUGUACAGGAAAAUACUGUUGAAAUAAUUAAACAAGAAAUAAAAGGUAAUCAAAAUUAUAUAAAUGCUCGAUUUCGUUCACCACUUGCUAAUUAUUUACCACAUUUGAUUCCACCUCAAGUAGCUACAGCUCAUUUUCAACUUAUUUUACCACGUGAUCAUCGUUUUGGUAUUGAUUCAAUUCCAAUAGGAAUUUAUUCAAUUCUUCUUGAAAAUUCAUAUUAUGGUUUAAGAAAACCACCAGAUCAAUCUCGCUCAUCAUUAUUAUAUGUUACUGAUUUAUAUAUUAUGGGUAAAGCACUUGUUUUAGAAACACUUCUAUUACUUCAUUGGUGUCAAAAAAUGAAAUUAACACCAGCUAUUUUACAUGGUUUUUCUCUUGGUGAACAUAUGGCUUCAUUAGCAUUUACAAAUUGGUCUGGUCCACUUUCUCUUUUAUCCUGUGCUUCUUGGUCAUCAAGUUCAACAGUAUUUUGUGAUGGUGUACUUUCACGAACUAUUCCAUGGUCUCUUUUAAAACGACAAUUCUAUGAAAAUAAAGCCUAUCAAACAUUUUAUGAUUAUUUACGUGAACGAAAUAGAUCAAUAGAUUCAAAUAAGAUUGUUCUUGACCCUAUUAAAGAUAUGAUGCGUCUUCUUAUGGAUGAAUUUACAUCUUUACAUAAUUAUUCACGUCCAAUUCAAUCAAAUAUAUCUAAUGCAAUGUUUAUUGCUUGUACACAUGAUGGUUAUGUAUUACAUGAUGAUAUUCCACAUAUGAAUGAUGUAUGGCCUGGUGUUCAUAUUCGAUAUAUUCCUCAUGGACAUGUUAGUGCAUUUUUAUUUAAUCAAUCAAGUUUUCACCAUGCUAUUGCUGAAAUGUUACAACGACAAGAACCCAAUGUAAAACUAAAAAAAAAUCCAAUCAUAUCACCAAUUUCUAUUACUACACCUGAAAAUUCAUGA